CAGCCAUAAGAGGUUUCCUCGCGGGGCUUGACAAGGAUGUGGUCUGAAAUUGUCUAGGUCUGACGUGGGAGAGCAGAGGCCACUUGUCCUUCGCCUCCCUAGGUCUUCUGUUAUCACCCGGCUGCUGAGGUCAGACCAGGCUAAGGGCCUGGGGAUGCCCCCUGCCUGGCCCCCUUGCCUGAAUUGGCAGGGGGGCCGGGCCAGGCAGCAGCCCCCCUUCUCACCUAGCCAUGGAUCUUCUGCCCCCCAAGCCGAAAUACAACCCACUUCGAAAUGAGUCUCUGUCGUCGCUGGAGGAGGGGGCUUCAGGGUCUACCCCCCCGGAGGAGCUGCCUUCCCCAUCAGCCUCAUCCCUGGGACCCAUUCUGCCUCUGCCGGGGGACGAUAGUCCGACUACCCUGUGUUCCUUCUUUCCCCGGAUGAGCAACCUGAAGCUGGCUAAUCCUGCCGGGGGUCGCCUGGGGCCCAAGGGGCAGCCAGGAAAGGCUGCUGAAGAUGGGGAAGGGAGUGCAGGGGCAGCAGCCCUUCAGGACUCAGGCCUCUUGCCCCUCCUCCAGGACAUGAACAAGCUGAGUGGAGGCGGUGGUCGCAGGACUCGAGUAGAAGGGGGCCAGCUGGGGGGCGAGGAGUGGACCAGACACGGGAGCUUUGUCAAUAAGCCCACUCGAGGCUGGCUGCAUCCCAACGACAAAGUCAUGGGACCUGGGGUUUCCUACUUGGUUCGGUACAUGGGUUGUGUGGAGGUCCUGCAGUCAAUGCGAGCCCUUGACUUCAAUACCCGGACUCAGGUCACCAGGGAGGCCAUCAGUUUGGUGUGUGAAGCUGUGCCUGGUGCCAAAGGGGCGAUAAGGAGGAGAAAGCCCUGUAGCCGCCCUCUCAGCUCUAUCCUUGGGAGGAGUAACCUGAAGUUUGCUGGAAUGCCAAUCACUCUCACUGUGUCCACCAGCAGCCUUAACCUCAUGGCAGCAGACUGCAAACAGAUCAUUGCCAACCAUCACAUGCAAUCUAUCUCAUUCGCGUCUGGUGGGGAUCCGGACACAGCUGAAUAUGUUGCCUAUGUUGCCAAAGAUCCUGUGAACCAGAGAGCCUGCCAUAUCCUCGAGUGCCCUGAAGGGCUUGCUCAGGAUGUCAUCAGCACCAUCGGUCAGGCCUUUGAGCUGCGCUUCAAACAGUAUCUCAGGAAUCCACCCAAGCUGGUCACCCCACAUGACAGAAUGGCUGGCUUUGAUGGCUCAGCUUGGGAUGAGGAGGAAGAAGAGCCACCUGACCAUCAGUACUACAACGACUUUCCGGGAAAGGAACCUCCUCUUGGUGGGGUGGUAGACAUGAGGCUUCGGGAAGAGGCUGCUCGACCCACUCUCCCUGGUGCCCAGAUGUCCAGCCAUUUGGGAGCUACACUGCCUAUAGGACAGCAUACUACAGGAGACCAUGAAGUCCGUAAGCAGAUGCUGCCUCCACCACCCUGCCCAGGCAGAGAACUCUUCGAUGACCCCUCUUAUGUCAACAUCCAGAAUCUAGACAAGGCCCGGCAAGCUGGGGUUGGGACAGGGCCACCAAAUCCUUCUGUUAAUGGCAGUGCACCCCGAGACCUCUUUGACAUGAAGCCCUUUGAAGAUGCGCUUCGGGCACCUGCACCUCCCCAGUCCAUGUCUAUGGCUGAGCAGCUCAAAGGGGAGUCCUGGUUCCAUGGGAAGCUGAGCCGGAGGGAGGCUGAAGCGCUGCUGCAGCUCAACGGGGACUUCUUGGUGCGGGAGAGCACAACCACACCUGGCCAGUACGUGCUCACUGGCCUGCAGAGCGGGCAGCCCAAGCACCUGCUUCUGGUGGACCCCGAAGGUGUGGUUCGGACAAAGGAUCACCGCUUUGAGAGUGUCAGUCACCUCAUCAGUUACCACAUGGACAAUCACCUGCCCAUCAUCUCUGCGGGCAGCGAACUGUGUCUACAGCAACCUGUGGAUCGGAAAGUGUGAUCUUCCUUAGCCCUUCCUAGAGGGUGCUCCCCACUCCCCCCAACCGUGUUCUCCAACUCAUGAAACCUCUGUUCUGUGGGUCUGGCCUUGGGUGGGAGCUGGGAGCAGUGUGGAUACAGGGUUUAGUGUCCACCUGAGAGAGAGGGUUUUAGUUAGGAGCCUGGGGUAGCAUCCUGAUUCUGCCCAAACCUCACCAAAGUAUUAAUGUACAGAGUGGUCCCUUGCCUGGGCCUUGCCUGUGCCAACCUGAUGCCCUUCCCCCAAAGGGUGGGCUUUUAUAAUGGAAAAUGCCCUGUGGUGAUGGGCCCAUUGGAGCAAUUGCCCUUCGGGGGAAGGGAAUAAUCAUACCUCUGGUUUACCCCUGGUCCCUCUUAAUACAUCCUACUCCCUAUGCACCCCUUAAAACUUUGUGCCUUUGACUAUUGUAGGUCUGCAGAUACUUUAUGCAAAGAGCUCUCAGGCCCUUCAGUUGGGAUGGGUUGCUGACACCGUGGCUUCUUGAGCCCUGUCCUGCACCCUCUCCUGUGUUUAGGGACAACAGGGGCAGGAGUGGCAGCUAUCUCCUCUGUCUUUUGGAUGUGUAGCCCUUGCCUUUAAUCACAGCACUCAGGAAGCAGAGGCAGGAGGAUUUUUGAGGCCAGCCUGGUCUACAACAGAGUGAAUUCCAGGACAAUCAGGGCUACAUAGAGAGGCCUUUCUCCAAAAACCAAAAAGAGAGCUUGCCCUAGAGCCUCCCUCUUGGUGGUGGAGAGUGGAAUGACAGGAUUGGACCCCUGCCUUGCUCACUGCCUCCUAGCUUCAAUCCCUUUCCCCCAAGGCAUCUGUAUACAUUUCUUAAGCCUGCCCCUCUCAUAUCUGCAUGUGUGUUAUAGUCUACAGCCAAAGUACAGCCCUUCUGACUACAACCCCAGCCGGCCUCCCUCCUUUGGGAUGGGUGUGUGUGCAGUCAGCCUUCAGGUGGGUUUUGUGGAGGCUCUGAGCCUGAAGCAGUAGACAAUCCCCAGUACCAUGUGUAGAUCUGGAACUGCACUCUCUCUUUUCUAAACUUGCAUAUAUUUUAGGGCUAUAGAUUUCUUUUCUUGGUUUUGUUUUCAUUGCUUACUUUUGAGCACAAAAUUCUGAUAAUUGAAUAAUCGAUUACAUUUAUACAUCACCUCAUUGAGUUUUCCAAACCUUUUUUUUUUUUUUACAACUGUUGGGAUUUUACUCCCUGGCCUAAAAGUAACUAGGACAAGAUUCUUUUUUCCUUCUUCCACAAGAGACCUGAGCAGAAGUUUGAACAGUGUUGUGGAGUCAUGAUGUGAAAGCUUACUUUAGAUCCUACCCUCCGCUUGCAGGCCUGUGAGACCUGCUGUGACAGAAACCGUGCAAGCUCAUUCUGUGGACCUUGUGGACAGGGGUCAACUGGUUUUUAAUCUCGCCUCGCCAAUUUUUGGUUUGGAUAUCUUAUACCAAAGGGAAAUAGCCUUCAUUAAAAUUCCUAUUUCUUCUA